AAUUUCAACAAUUUAAAAGUCGCUAGGAUUGAUACAGACUUAAGCCGUCUAUUCAACUCAUGGUGAUACAUUCCUCCAUAACCACCUAGAAUGUCUGCUUUGCGCGCCGUCGCAAUAUUACCCACAGUAUUACCCCGUAGCAACAACCUCCAACAUGUUCGACAUGCCCACAAGAGGCUAUCGAAACAGUUCGCGCUUCUCUCUCCCGCGCAAAUAGGGCGAGCCAAAGUCAACAUCACGCCCUCCAAAGUCACCAUAUUUCUUAAUGUCCAGCAAAGUCGGCAGGAGUCUUCCAAAUCUUCGCAAGAAUCAAACAAGCAAAUACCGCCGCUGCCGCCUUUCAGGCUCCUCCUUCGAGCCUUGAGACAGAGCUUAAGCCUUCGUCCUAUAAUAGGCGCAUUUCGUGACCAAUCUUUGCGCUCACUAUUUCGACAAAGCCCAGAGGAGCUUGUCAUUGCUAUUAUACUUUUAUGUGUCGUAUCUGGCUCAUGCGUUUAUGUAGUCUACGCCUAUUUUAACUAUUUCCAGUCCGAACAAUUCACCCGCUUCCCGCCCGAAAUAGCAAAGUCUCUUCGCCGAGCACUCUAUUACAGCAAUUACUCGCCGGACCCGAAGCUAGCUCUCAAGUACUACCGUCUCGCCUUGGAGCAAUGUACCCAAGCUGGCCUUGAUCCGUUCUCUGAUGAAGUUAUGGGACUUAGGAUUCAAUUAGCUGCGUGGUUUGAGAAAAUCGGUAGUUACAAUAAUUCUAUCAAUGUCUUAGAGUCACUUCUUCAGGACAGUAAACAAUGGGUUGAGGUGAUGGAGAAGAGCGUCCGAGACGGACUGAUCGACAGUUCGGGGAAGUUAGCAGGCGCAACAAAGCAGCAGCCUUCCAUAAGAGAAGGUGAUAGCGAUCCCGAAACGCCUACCGAAUUCGAAAACAUGUGGGCCAGGAGGACAAGAAUCCUGGGGAAAUCGGUCGGAAUAAGUGUCAAGCUCGGAGAACUUUAUUCCGACGAGCAUGUUCGUCAGGGCGGCUCUGCUGGUGAGCACUUAAUAUGGGCAGUCGAGACUGUCUUGAAAGAACUUCAAAGACGCCAAGCCGAGGGUGUCAAAGAAGGUGAGGGCGACUGGAUGACCCCGGAACAAAUUGGAGGUGCUCUCGAGGGUACGUUACUUCGACUUCCCCCGGGACUCAAGCCCAAGAGACUAUUAACACAUAAGCCAGCAUUGGGGAACCAUUAUGAGUCCAAGUCACAGCACUACCUUGCAGCGCCGCUCUUCCUCCAGGCAAUCUCGCUCUCGCCCUCUAAUAGCUGUCAUACAGCCGUUCUAAUGAAUAAUCUAGCUAUCUCUCUAGCGCAGCAACCCGUCGAAACUUCAGCAGAAUCCAGCGAUGUCUCUCAAGCUAAGGGAUCUAACGCGGGUGCCCGCCCGACGCGGUCUGCCCUCCUAGCUAGUGCCCGCUCAUGGGCCUUACAAGCUCAGAAGACGGCUGAGAAAGUACAGGGUGAAGAUAGAACUAUUGAAUGUGACGAGACUUGUGCGGUAGCGCUCUGCAAUCUUGGAGAUAUUGCAUCCAUGACUGGAGACAUCAAGGAAGCCAGGCUCAGAUUUAAAGAGAGCCUGAAUUUAAGCAGACGAAUCUCAUUUGAACCGGGUAUCAUACAAGCCGAAGAGGGUCUACGACGUCUACCUACGACACCAUCCAUCUAGUCUAUAUGAUUAGGUUCGAGCUAAACAUAUAAGGAUGUUAACUUCUCUCCCAUGAAAGAGGAUUCAUUACACGGACGGAGUGAAUCUCAUCGAGGAAUUAUCCGUGAUUACUAUCCAAAGUAGUUCCAAACCCAGGUCACCGAAGCUCCAGGCUUUUCAUCACGCAGGCAAGGUGCACAAGAGCCUUGAUUCGCAACUGGUUUGAAAAUAAGUCGGUGGUGAAACCUCUUUCAAGACCACUUCAGAACCUAAAACGUGCAGAUUAAAACACUAUUGGGAUGAAUGUUUCUGAGAUGGUUUCCAGCAGGGGCACAGAACAAACCACAAUAAUUAUUUGGUGAUGUAGCUUGUGCUAAUAAGCUAUGCUAGUCCUACAUACUUCAGUACUUCGACAGCUAGGCGAUACAGUGAAGUGCUGUGAUAAAAUCUAUAAAUAUCAACGUUCGGAGAUUGCUCGCACUAUAUGAAUCGUACAUGACGCCCGAGGCCGUACCCGAAGCCGACGAAUUCCGUGACACUGGACACGGGAGACACGG